CUGUUUUUUUGUUAUUAUUCGGUUAAUCUUUAGUUGCAAACGCCCCCGAAUUGUGAGCCAUCGAUGAGUUGCGAAAAAAGCUGAAUUCUAAUACGCUAACUUGCCAAUUGCUGGGGCCGAAGCUGUUGUGCUUUAUUCAAAUGGAGGAGGAGCUGCAGUUCCAUUGACACCCAACCCAAAAAGCAAGCAGCGGCAGAAGCAGAGGCAGAGGGCAGCAACAGCAGCGGCAGCGGCAGCGGCAGCAGCAGCAGCAGCGAGUGGAGUGUGGAGUUGUGGAGUUUUGAUGAGUUUUAAGGGGAGUGGGGAGUGGAAGUGAAGGAAGCACAGAGCCGACGCACACAUGAAAAAGUAUUCAAAUUUGUGCAAAUGGAAAAAGUGUUUGAGGCAUAAAUAAUAAGCAGAGAAUCAUCGCUGAAAAACGGCAAAAUAAAUCGCACGAAUUUAUUAAGAGACGCGACCGAGACCCGACCGAGAUCCGAGAUAGAGCCAGUAGGCAGAACAACAACAGGCAGGCGCGAUGGAUACAGAUAGACCAAAUGGACAAGAGACGAAAGUCAUUUAUCAUAUUGACGAUGAGACCACCCCCUAUUUGGUGAAAAUACCCAUACCCUCGUCGCAGGUAACCCUCAAGGACUUCAAGCUGGUGCUCAAUAAACAGAACAACAACUACAAGUAUUUCUUCAAGUCGAUGGACGCCGACUUUGGUGUCGUUAAGGAGGAGAUCGCCGACGAUGCCACCAUCUUGCCUUGCUUCAACGGCCGUGUCGUCUCCUGGCUGGUCUCGGCCGACGGCACCAAUCAGUCGGACAACUGCUCGGAGCUGCCCACCAGCGAAUGCGAAAUGGUCGGCCUCGGUCGGGCCAAUGUCCGCACACAGCUUGCCCUGCAACAGCAACAGCAGCAGCAUCAACAGCACCAGCAGCAGCAGCAACAGCAGCAGCAGCAUCAGCAGCACCUGCAGCAGCAGCAGCAACAACAGAAGCUGUCCGGCGGCGGUCUAAUCAGCAACCAGAUGCUCCAGCCGCCACCGCUCACAUAUCAAUCGGCAUCGGUGCUAUCGAGCGACCUCGAUUCGACCAGUCUCUUUGGCACCGAAUCGGAGCUGACGCUGGACCGUGACAUGACCGACUACAGCAGCGUGCAGCGGCUGCAGGUGCGCAAGAAGCCGCAGCGUCGCAAAAAGCGGGCGCCCAGCAUGUCGCGUACCUCCUCAUACAGCUCGAUCACCGAUUCGACCAUGUCCCUGAACAUCAUCACCGUCUCGAUCAACAUGGAGGCUGUCAAUUUUCUGGGCAUCUCGAUUGUUGGCCAAUCGAAUCGUGGCGGCGACGGUGGCAUCUAUGUGGGCAGCAUCAUGAAGGGCGGGGCCGUCGCAUUGGAUGGCCGGAUCGAGCCGGGCGACAUGAUACUCCAGGUGAACGACGUGAACUUCGAGAACAUGACCAACGAUGAGGCGGUGCGUGUGCUGCGUGAGGUCGUACAGAAGCCGGGGCCCAUCAAGCUGGUGGUGGCCAAGUGCUGGGACCCGAAUCCCAAGGGUUACUUUACCAUACCGCGCACGGAACCGGUACGGCCGAUAGAUCCCGGUGCCUGGGUGGCGCACACCCAGGCGCUAACCUCGCACGACAGUAUUAUUGCCGAUAUACCGGAGCCGAUCAAGGAGCGGCUCGACCAGAACAAUCUCGAGGAGAUAGUCAAGGCCAUGACGAAGCCGGACAGCGGUCUGGAGAUACGUGACCGCAUGUGGCUGAAGAUAACCAUACCGAAUGCGUUUAUUGGCGCCGAUGCGGUCAAUUGGGUGCUGGAGAAUGUCGAGGAUGUGCAGGACCGGAGGGAGGCACGCCGGAUUGUGUCCGCAAUGCUGCGUAACAAUUACAUCAAGCAUACGGUCAACAAGCUGACCUUCUCCGAGCAGUGCUAUUAUGUGGUGAACGAGGAGCGCAAUCCCAAUCUGCGGUCACUCAAUCCGCACCAGCAGCAGCAUCCGCAUCCGCACGGCCAGCAUGCGCUCAGUCAUGCGGACACGGAGAGCAUCACCAGCGACAUUGGGCCGCUGCCGAAUCCCCCCAUCUAUAUGCCAUACUCGGCCACGUACAAUCCCAGUCACGGCUAUCAGCCGAUACAGUACGGCAUCACCGAGCGCCACAUCUCAUCGGGUUCGAGCAGCUCGGAUGUGCUCACCAGCAAGGAUAUAUCUGCAUCGCAAAGCGACAUCACAUCGGUUAUACAUCAGACCAAUCAGCUGACCAUUGCCGCACAUGGUUCGAACAAAUCUUCUGGAUCUUCGAAUCGUGGUGGUGGCGGGGGAGGUGGAGGAGGAGGCGGCGGAGGGGGUGGCAAUACCAACGAUCAGGAUGUAUCCGUAUUUAAUUACGUAUUGUAG